AUGGUCCUUAACAAGAGAAAGCCCGUCCAUCUCAUCCCCAGCGCCACCAAUAUACCAGAUAAUGCCGAAGUCUAUGUUAUGAAAGGGACCAACGAGGUCUUUACCGACUAUGAAAAGUACUUGAAGCGGUAUAAAAAGUUCACAGAUGCCGUCAAUGGCAAGUCGGGCCUCACAUUCUGGGACGCGCUGGAGUCUGAGACUAAGAGCUCCGCCUCGAUCGAAAAUGUCUUCCCGGAAGUCCUUCGCGAUCCGAUACUGCGCAAGGUGCAGUUCUCGACGAUCUCGCUCAACACAAUCUACGAUGAGUUCAAGAGCGAUUACUUUCCCGGCGAAGAUGUCAUGUGUACUCUGGACAACGGCGAGCAGUUUGAGGGCGCCAUUCGCGAAAAAGCAAAGUUCCCAAUGAUCCGAGGCGCGGAUGGCUCCGUGCAGCGAGAACCAUUUUCGCGAUACUUCAUAAAAACACCCAAUCCCUACGAAGAAGCACUUCUAGACGACAAGCAUAUUCGGAGAGAUCGUAAGAUCUUCACCAAGCAGAAUCUUCGCGCUUUUCUCAAGAAUUCAUUGCAGCGAGAAGCUUGGACCGGCGCACCAUGGCUCGUUAAGGAACAUCUUGCAAUACAAUACCGGCUACCAAUGGAAAUCCCGCAGCACCUCUUCCAGGACGCGAAGCUAUUACAGGCAAAGCCACAACAGCAACAACAGCAGCAGCGAGGUGGUGCGCCUCAUCAACCUCCUCUGAACUAUCACCAGCAGCAGCAAAUGGCGAACAGGAUGGAACCUCGGCCUCCACCUCCACCAGUGAUCAAGUAUCCGAUCGAGGACUUGGAUUUGCCACCGAAACGCAACGGAACCACUCGUCCGGAGUUGAAGUUCUUCACCGAUGAGAUGACAGAAUAUGUUCGCGGCGGGCGAAACAUUUACCUAGACGACAUCGAGAUGGAGUCUAUGGGAAUGCUUUUGGAAGUCUGGAACACAUUGAACGUGCAAUGUGAGGUAUACGUGCUGGACAGCUUCACUUUUGACGACUUCGUGGAUGCAAUGCGGUAUUCCGAGCUCGACGCACCUUGCGAGCUGUUUGAAGAGAUUCACUGUUCCGUCUUGAAGCUGUUCAUGGACGAAAAGGGUAGCAAGGUACUAGUGAAAGACAUGCCAAAGAAGAAGAUCGAAGAGCCACCCAUGGACGACUCGGAGAUGCAGGAUGAAAGCGAGGUAUCCACACCAGUCGCAGAUGUUCCAGCUCGUUCGACGCGAAGCAGAUUGAGCCACAUCGAGAACGCAGCAGACAUGCCUGGAAGCCCGAAAGCUGAGAACGCGAAUCGCGCGGCAGAGAUGCUCGCCGAGCGCGAUUGGGAGGAUCGUGUGGCGGCGAGAGACUUCGAAAAUGGUGGCUGGCAGGUGAUCGUGGUAGGCAUCUUGCAUCAGCUGUCUUCGAGCCCCGGUUUCAAAGCCAAGUGCGAGAAGAUCCUCGCGCACCUCGCCCCUACGGACGCCGAACCAACCCAAGAGACCGCACGAGUCCAAUACGCUUCGAUGGACAUCAACUUGCGCAUAGCAGCGCUUCAGAUGUUGACUAUCAUGACUGUGCGCACCGACAGGAUCAAGGAGUUCCUCGAGACUUGCAGUGAGGACAUGACCGAGGUAAGGAAGCGCAAGAUUGAGUACCAGCGAGAGAAGAAGACUGCCAUGGAGGAGCUUGCGGUCAAGGAUCGCGAAUACAAGAUCCUUCUACCAGACAACAUGCCGCCUUCACCUACGAUCGAACCGGUCCAAGUGGACGCGGACGCCACCGAAGAUUCCAUCGAACUCAAUGGCACGAGUAAUAGUUCACCGGACACAGAUGACGAUGCGCCAAUCGGCGGUAGGUUCCUACGACGUGGAAACGACCGCAAGCGCAAGCGUGAAGAGGAACAAGCGCGGCGCGACAAGGAGAGGGCGGAGAAGGCCGAAGCAGCGAAGAAGCAGACCAAAGAAUCCAAAGCCUUCAACAAACUGAAGAAGGAAAUUCAAGAAUUGAAAGAUCGCAUCAACUCGUACGAAGAGAAGAUUGCAGACUGCGAUAGCGACCUGCGCGAGGCUAACGUCCAGCGUACCAAGGUUCUUGGCAAGGACAGAUUCUGCAAUCGCUACUACUGGUUCGAGCGCAAUGGACAGCCAUUUGGUGGCCUGCCAAACUCAAGUACAGCGUCAUAUGGAUACGCCAAUGGCCGUAUCUGGGUUCAAGGUCCUGAUGACAUGGAGCGCGAAGGUUUCAUCGAUCGCACCAAAGAGGAGCAAGCCGAGUAUCAAGCACGAUUCCAGAUGACCGUCCCACAGCGGCGAAGUCAGGAAGAAGGUGCCACCAUCCUCAACAACGCGAACGAAUGGGGCUUCUACGACGAUCCCGAUCGUCUCGACAACCUCAUCGGCUGGCUCGAUGACCGCGGCGAGCGCGAAAAGAAGCUACGCAAGGAACUCCUCGAGUGGCGCGACAAGAUCGCACAGUACAUGGAAGCCCACAAACGUUUCAUGGACGAAGAAGCGGCCAAAAAAAUCGACGUCGAAGAAGAAGCUCCGGCUCGAAUCUCGACUCGUAAGAGAGAAGCCGAAGAGCAUGCCGACUCACAACCCAGAUGUCUCAAGUGGGCAAACACCAUGGCCCUCAACGAACUGGGACACAUUCACAGCCGUGCACCGCCUAAGAAGAAAGAGAAAAAGGCCCCUGCGGCCAGAGAGCUGAAGGGUCUGGCUGUGCCUUUGAAUCGGAAUGGUAAGCCUUCUACUAGGCAGGGUGAGAGGUAUAGUUUCAAGUGA